CACAAGGCUAAGGAUCACAAAUAUAUCUGAAACUCCAAAACAAAAAGGGGAAUUUUCAAGUAUUAGUUCAGAAAAAGCAAGAGUUUAGAAUCAGUCUACUUCCUAUUUAUUUGGAACAUGUCACACACCACUUCGUCCAAAGUGGACCCGAAUGCACUAGCCUUAAUUUGCCAUUUGACGCGCAGCAGGAGUGUUUGUCCUUGACUGUAUUCUUACCAUACAAAGCUUAGAGCAGGAUUAAAUUUUGUCCUUGCAAAACCCCUUCCUGUAUUAUUCAAAAAUCUAUCUGUGUUAAAUAAUCUAAACAGGAUAAGUUGGGUUGCGGCCUGUUCUCGGCAUUGCACUAAAUGGAAGGACGACUCGCAAGCAUUGAGGCCGCGCACGACUUCGAAAAGUCUUCGAUGUUUACCUCAAGUCAGCUUCAUCCAACCCAAGACGGCUAAAACUGACACCGGAUUUCUUUCGCUGCUCCUAAAAAGAUUAGUUAGAACACUGUGUCAUGGAAGAGUCUACGGCAUUUCCAUCCAUAUCGGAAGUCUCCCCAGAAGUGCAAUUUGCACAGGUAUUGGAGAACUUUCAAAUGAGUGCUGGGGACGUUAGUCCAUUUGAUAUCACGCAAAACUUCAUUUCGAUCUCCGCGGCUAGAGCACUUGAAGUUGGAAAGAAGAUCAGCGAACUCGGUGACAAUGUGUGUGCUGAAGAUGAGCAGGAGUUCGCCAGUUGGGACUUGGAGACCAAGUUAUGGCAUUUGGUUACCAAUCUAUACUCGUUCAGACUCAGUGAGGAUACCGAUCACGUGCAAACAUACGAGUUUUCGUCCUUUUCGACAAAACAAAGAGCAUUUUUGCAAACACAGCCCAAAUUAAAAGAAUUGAUAAUUAUCAUUCACUGGCUUCAGCAAAACGCUCAGGAAGUUUCCGUUCUGUUUGAUGGUACCAAUGCAUCUAAGUGGGCCAACACCCGGGUAGCACUUCAGAGUAAAGAUUUAGCUGCAUUGACGUCUCUGAAGAAUAGCAGAGACUUAGUUGACUUUUUGGACGCAGACGCUACAUUGAGGACCAACAAAAAGAUUUCUGAUGCAGACUUGAGCAACGACUCGAAAAACUUCGAGAUUAUCUAUAGACUUGUAUUGGCUGGAGAUUAUCAGCGUGCUGUUGACUACGCUAGCCAAACAGGAAAUUUCACUUUGGCGCUCAUUUUGGUAGGUGCUCAGCAGGAUUUUGUCGAUCCGGUCCUUGACGGCCAAGACCUCAUGGUCGAUGAUACAAACCGCGAUGAUGUUUUAGCCCAGUCCCCUGCAGAACCCUCAGGCUUGAGACAUAAGUACCUUUGGCUCCAGACUGUCUACAACUUAUCCCGAGAAGAACGUUUAUCCAGGGAAGAGCGGCUAAUAUACUCGUACUUAUCUGGAGGUGACCAGACAGAGAACAUACAGUAUGCAGCUGAAGAUUGGGACAACUGCUUGCUUCUUUAUAUCAACCAACUUCUCACACAUCACAUAUGUUUAUUCAUGGGUUCAACUCUUCCGGCAGAUGACGAAUCCGAGAGUCUUUCAUCUGUGUCAUUUCCUACCCCUCAACACACAUCUCUUGAAACAAUAUUGAACACCAUGCUGAAUUCAGCUGCUCUUGCUGAGGAGAGCAAAAAUCCGUUCCGUGUCAUCAUGGGUGCAGUCCUCAUCAAUCAAUUAAACUUCUUUCUUGACAAUACAUUUAAGUCUUCCCAGCUUAGCAUUGUCAGCGACCAGCAUAUUCUACGAGUCUUGGCUCAUUUAGCCGUGUUCUCUUCACUUUGCGGUCUACAUGAAGGGUCUAAAACUCCAACUAAAAUCAUCACAAGGUAUAUCUCCAAAUUGUCUGAGUAUGGCUAUGAAGACCUUGUACCCAUUUACUUGGCGUUCAUUCCUGAUGAAAAAGAUGUUCGUGAAUGCUACUCCAUUUUCUUGUCUACAAUCACUGAUUCUGGCAAACGCGCCAAACAGCUCGAAAUAUUCAAAAGGUUGGGGCUCAGUACUCCUGCCGAAAUUGGUACUCGCUUGGAUACUGACACUGGAGAUGACACAGAUCACUAUGAAUACAAGAUUCACAAUGUUCUUAAAAGAACGGUUGAAAGAGUUAUGUGUGAAACUGAAGAGCACUACCGCCCUCAAAUUGAAAUCCAAAUUGAAGAUUCCGUUGUCGACAAUGUGGACUUCAAGUUGUGCAGGUCAGUAGAAUGGUUUUUCGAGAACAACAUGUAUGAAGACGCCAUCAAUGCCUCGCGCACUGUGUUCCAAAGAUUCGUCUCUACAGGCCGUUUAAAGGCUAUUAGGGAGUUUGGAAAAGGAAAGAAUCUCAAGACCCUUCUCAAAAAUUACGACUUUGACAUGCAGACAAAAUCUCUUGGGCUGGCUGAAGUUCCGACUUCGGUAUCAGACACCGACAAAGAUGAGUUGAUGCAGUAUGAGAAAUUACUUGAGUGUCUUUUACUUUUAGAUGAAUGGAAGACAUUUGUCAGCAACAAAUCUGACAUUCAUUGGAUUUCGAAAGAUGUGGAAAAUUCGAUAGAGAAAGUCGUGAGCAAGAUCCAGAAUUUCAUUUUCACAUGGUUUCGCGAGAUAAUUGAUUCUUCACAGAAAGAUUCCCAACUUUACCAAGAAUAUCGUUCCAUCUAUGUUCCAUACUUCAUUAUUGAGCUAUUGCAGAUUUUUCAAGCCGCUAGACCACACAACUCAAAAUAUGUUCACCAGGCAUUUCAUUUGGUCAGCGAAGUCGCCAAUGACAAAGAAAAUGACUUUCUCAGAUGCUUUUUGUCUUGUGGCAGAACCAGCGAGUUUGUUGUCUUGGCUGGGGAGGUGGCUGCCGUGGCGGCUAGUACCGGCAGUAGAGAUAUAUUUGUGUAAAGAGGGUAUAUCUAUCAACUAAAAGUAUAUUUUGAAGUGUGAAAUAUGUUUCUUUUUGUCUUGCUCUAAUUCAAUGUUGAGGCCUUUUCAUACAAAGAGUCAACGACGGAUGACAUAUUCUUGACCAACUCCAAAGACGCUUCAUAUGCGGCGUCAGUUCUUGGCUGGUCGUAAAUAAUAAGCCAGCCAUUACCUUGGUCCAAAACACCGUAGAACACCUUAUCUAGAAUCAUUUGCGACAACUUGCCUUCAACCUGCUGCAAGUUCAACCCAAUGGUUUUCGAAAUGUGCGAUAUCUCGACGACGCUGUAAGACUCGAUGAUUUUCAACAAAUUUUGCUCCAACAAGUUGUCAUACAAAGAGUUGAAAUGAUUCUUGAUAAUUUGGUCCGAUCUCAAUUC